CCCCUACGCAUCGUCAGCACGACAAAAUACCUCGCAACAGCCCUCGUAAUGGACCUCGCAGGAUGGGAGGACCGCGGAUGGAUCGACGUCCCUGACGCUACACUGCUACGCGUCAUUGUCAGCCACCUCAGACAACGAUGUGCAGUGACCACACUGGCGGUUGCGUCCCAGAAAACGGACUGGGAGAGAAUGAACAUCGCCUGGGACGCCCAACUGGAGCGACCGCGACCCCAGAACAUAACCCAUGAAAUCAGUCUCGAGCAAAACCACCCGUUCUCCCUCACGGGAGCACGACUUGCAUGUCUAACACAACGCCUAGCGUACCGAGGAAUACGAGCGACCCGCGAACACCCGGUACGCAAGACGUCCCAAGCAAUAGUUUCCGAAGCUCUUGCACACAUCGGAGCAAACUCACCGGACACUCCCUCCAGCCAACAGCUCUGGCUGGCCAUCCGUAGCACAGACAUACGCAAGCCGGCGUCCGACUUCCUAUGGAAAGUCCUGCAAGGGGCCCUGAGAUGCGGACGCUUCUGGGCCAAGAUCCCAGGAUACGAGGAUCGAGCAACAUGCCACCAAUGCGGCUCCCUAGAUUCCAUUGAGCAUAUCCUAUUCCAUUGUAAAGCAACCGAUGUCCUGAGCCAAUAUUGUUUGGCUCAAGGA